AUGGACUUUGAUUAUUUCUCGAUAGAGGCCAUCCUUGCCGAGAACCAGAAAAUACAAUGUACGUUUAAACAGGAAAUCCCAAAUAUGGGCCACCUUGGAGGCGGGACAGAACGCGAUAUCGCAGUGUCAAGCAAGAUGCAGAUCCCAAUAUGGCUGGCAUACACCAUUAUCUACUCAGACUGGGCUGACUUCAAUAUCCCAGCCCCUUUUAAUUCCAGAGUACGAAACGCAUUGAAAGCGGAAGCUUGCAGUGUGCGCCUAUCCAACCUCGUCGGCGCAGGUGGUCUGUGGUACGGCUUCGGGAAAACGAUCAUGGAUAUCCUUAGCGAAGAGCAAGCCAACGAGAUGUCCGACAUGCUAUCCAAAGCUUUCCGAGAUCGUCUUGUCGAAGUCAUCGACCAAGCCCAACAUUUCGCGGCACUUGGACAGGCAGGGUCUGGGUCGUCAGGAAAUUCGGCACAGGCCUUCAGAGAAGGGCUUGAUACAACGGAGAGAGAGCUCUUCUAUCUGGCGCAAGAAAGUGCGAAGCGAAUGAAACGUUGGUACGAGGAGAGCGACCGCUCGAGGCGGUAA